AGUUCCUUCCUCUUUUGAGUGUGCAAUGAAAUUUGAAGACCUACUAAUGCAACGAGGAGAGGAGCAGCAGAAACGACUCGACCUCGAGGAAGAGGUCAUGAAACUACAAGGAGAGCUAAAUGGGGAACAGGCACUUAACAGGGUUUUGCGCUUUGCACUUGAGGGGCCAGUUUCCUCCCACCCAAGUCUUUUCUCAUUGCUUCCACCUCAGGUUCAGGUGCUUCUGGAAGAACUAGUAGUGGUUCAGGAAGAGAUAAUAUGGUUGGAGAGAAAAAUUGAGGAACUAAAACUACGGUUGUACCAGGAGAGGGAACAGAACAGAGGAACAGAAAUCGAGCAUUUAAGAGAUCUACCAAAAGACAGUCACUUACUAUGUGGACCAGAGAACCGGGCUGUGCUUAAUGAUCAGCGAUCCAGAUCACAAAACUAUGAUGAAUUCAGGAAAGAAAGAAUCACAAAGGAAAGAAGACCAUCAUUGGGUUCUGUAUCAGAAAUCCUAAGCAUGUCUUCUACAAGAUCCCAAGAAGAAUAUCAUAUGUCAAGGAGGCAUACCAGGAGAUUGAGCCGAAACCAAUGCCAUAUCAAUAAAGAAACUGGUUUGGAGAAACCAAAUGAACUGUCAGAGAAACUGAUAAAAUGCCUAAUCAGCAUAUUUCUCGAGCUCAACCAUACAUCCGUGGACAGAGAAGGAUCCGUUAUAGCUCCAAAGCUCUCUCUAGCCUGCAUGAAAUCAAAAGGCUUCGUGGCAAAGACCACUUUCAAUUGCAGAACACCCACACUCCUAUUUGCCGGCAAUGCCUCAAAUCUUGAUCCUUACAGCGUAUUGUCAGAUUUCGAUGGCACUGUCAGGGAUGUUGGGCAAUACAAGAACCUCAUCCAAAUCACAAGAAGCUCGUUAGACAUCAGCCGAUUAUCAGAGUGCUUACCAGCAAUGAGGAGACUCAGGGUUUUGAUGCACAAGCUAUCUUAUGUAGACUUGACUUUUUUGACCUACAAACAGAAGUUAGCAUUUUGGAUAAAUGUCUACAAUGCCUGCAUAAUGCAUGCAUUUCUAGAUCAUGGGCUACCUUCGACACAGGCUAAAUUGCUGGCGAUUAUGAAUAAGGCCGUUGUGAAUGUGGGUGGAAUAGUACUGAAUGUUUUGGCUAUCGAGCAUUUUAUUCUCCGACAUCCAUGGGAACCAAAGCAAGGCCAUCCGGACGAGAAAGAAACACUACUACGCCAUGCGUAUGGUCUGGGCUAUCCAGAACCCAAUGUGACAUUUGCUCUAUGCCGAGGCAGUUGGUCCUCACCAGCAUUCCCCAAUGUGCAGAUAAGAGUAUACACCCCAAAUGAAGUGGUGAAUGAACUGGGGAGGGCAAAAGUAGAGUAUUUGGAAGCUUCAGUGGGAGUGACGAGCAAGAGAAAGAUUGUAGUGCCCAAGCUUUUGCAAUGGCAUAUGAGAGAUUUCGCAGAUGACAUGGAAUCACUACUAGAAUGGAUUUACAGCCAAUUGCCUCGUUCUGGGUCCUUGAAGAGAUUGAUGAUGGAGUGCCUAAAUGGGGAAACAAGAUCUCCUAUUUCCAGAAUGGUUGAAAUCCAACCUUAUGAAUCUGAGUUCCGCUACCUAUUCCCUUCGUGAGUGGAAAAGAAGAAGAGCAAG